AUGACUACCAACUAUACUUUUGUAAGUCACGUUACACCAAUAUCACCAACAUCACCUAAUCCUUCUCACAAUUCAUUACAUCCAAAACAAAUUUAUAAUCAAAUCCUAAUUUAUAAUGCGUUGGAUGGUUUGGUCAGUUCGAUGACUAUCAUAGAACCUUCUAUUGUUCCAAGUAACGACACCAGCAUGUCACCACGUAAGAGAAGAAGAAGAAGCAAAAACGACGAUAACAGAAUUGAGUUGAACAGAUCUGAAAUUUCAGAAAUUUUGAGCAACAUAAACAUCAAUAUUCACGGUGACUUUGAUUCCGUGUUGGCUGAUUGGAGAGCGUGUGACUAUAAAGCUGGUCGUAGAGUUGUGCAAUUCCGUCGGUGUGUCUAUCAACAAGACGUGGAUGUCUUCUUUGAAGUCGUGAGUCAAAACCAACGUAACAGAAAUGGAAUCUUUGUGUCGUGUGUUUGGUGCGAGGAACUAAAAGAGUUUUAUGUGACGUCGGUUGAUUGUAUCUACUUGAUCGAAUGUGUGACGGGUAUCAAGUUCACUCAAGAAGAGAAAAAUAGAGUCAGAAGGAAUUUGGAAAUCUUCAAACCGAUAACAGUUGGCAAAAACAAAAAAGGCGAUAAUCUAUACAGGAAAUUAAUGAGAUUUGACAAUCCAAAGCCAAGAAACAUCAAAAAAGAUGUCAAAGUGUUCGCUUGGUCAUCUUUAAAAAUGGCAGUAGAAAAAAUAAUAAAAAAAUAUUCUGCAAUUUAA